CUGACCGGCAGGGCCUGGCUGGGGUCCUCGCCCACCAUGUACUGCACGCGCACGGCCAGGUUGCGCACGGAACCCUGGCGGCUGCUUAGGUUGAGGCUGUUUAUGCUCAGAGGCCCAAGCAUGAUGGCCAUGCACGCUCUGUGCCUGCUGUGGACCUUGGUGGCGGCGGCGCGGCCUCUCGUGGCAGCCCCCACGGGCGGCCCUGAACCGGCGCAGUACGAGGAGCUGACUCUGCUAUUCCACGGAGCCCUGCAGCUGGGCCAGGCCCUCAAUGGCGUGUACAAGACCACGGAGGCCCGGCUGACGGAGGCUGAACGCAGCCUGGGCCUCUACGGCCACGUACUGGAGCUCCUGGGGCAGGAGGUCCACCAGGGCCGGGCUGAGGCCCAGAAACUGCACACAAGCCUCUCGCAGAUACAGACGGAGGAGAAUGUGCUGGAGGUGCAGGCGGAAGCCAUGGCCCAGGCCCUGGAGGAGGUGGCGCAGAAACAGCAGGAGCUGUGGGGAAGGCUGCGGCAGCUAGAAGUCCGCUUGCGGGGUGCCUGGCUGGGCCCUGCCCACCACGAAUUUAAGGCCUUAAAGGAGCGCGCUGACAAGCAGAGUUACGUAGUGUGGGCCCUGACGGGCCUCAUACGACGCCAGCAGCGGGAGAUGGCAGCGCAGCAGGAAAGGCUGCGGAGUAUCCAGGAGAGACUCCACACGGCAGCGCUCCCCGCCUGA